AUGGCCAGACUUGUCAGGACUGCGGGGCCCCUUGCCAGGGUGGCACGCUUCGUCAAAUUAGGAGCAGGAAGCCGACGUGACUCUAGGAAGAGGAUACCAUCAGACAGAUGUAGCUGCACCAACGGAUGGUAUAGCACCAAGUUAAAGCACUUCCCUUCAGAUUAG